AUGGAUGCUUCCUUCCCGAAUGAACCCCAGAGCAGCAGUCCCGGGCUGUGCGAGUCUGUGAGCCGUACAGCCGACGAUGCCGGCUUCUACCAGAGUCGAUUUGGGGAGGAAUCGGUGCGUCUUUUCGGGGACAACGUCGACGAGUUGGAGUCUUUGGUCAUCUCGUGCAACGAAUCAGACCCGGCUUCUUCACAGACCAUGAGGGGGGUGGACGAGGUUCUGAGAGAAAAUCGGGAGGACGCCAAAUUGUAUUUUCAUGUCAUCCGGCAAGAGUACUCCUGGGGCAGAUUCCUCCUUUCUCGAACGUCCCUUGAAGCUCUCCUGUCGUACCACAAGGUGUUCCCGCGCUUUUACGACGUCAUCAAUGCCUUCGGGUUCAAGACUACAGAGGACGACAAGGUGUGGGAAGGGUUUCAUUCUCGUCGCACCUUCAUGCCCCAAGAUGUGUUCAAGCACGAUCAAUUCGAACUCUGCUAUUGUAUCCGGUAUGUCCACAAGCACGGCCGUGACCCGAAGAAGCCUUGGUCGUUGCGACAAUUAGGAGUCUAUCAGCAAUCCCAAGGCUCAGACCAGCCACCAACAUGGAUUCUUGUCCAACCUCCCGAGCGACUGGAGCAACGGUUGAGAAACAUCCUGUUGGCCACCGUCAAGGAUCGAGGAAAUAUGCAGACUAUCAAUGCGGUGCUACACUUGGUCGUGCUGUCGACAGCGUUGAGCAACUGGGACGAGUACAUCGACUACUCGCGCAAAGAACUCACCGAGCUGGAUGACAAGGCAUGUUUCUCUCGAGUCGGCAUCGACAACCCAAACGACUACCCCGUUGCAUUUGCGGACAAGCAGAAACUCCAAAGACUGCGGAAAAAGCUCCUCAGAACCCUGUCUGUGCUGGACUCCAAUAUCAGCGUGAUUCGAAGCUUGAAAUCGCAAUACCAACGCGGUCACGGUGGUCCAGCCACCGAAGAAUGGGAUCUGAUCCUUGAAGAGCUGGACAGUCACCUUGCACACUGUGACAGACAUCGGCGGAAUUUUGCCACUCUGAUGGAGGAGACCCACGGAAUAGAUGACCUGCUUUCCAAGAUCCUCUCCUUCCGAAACGACCGAGUUCAUCUCCGGAAUAGCCAGGCCAUGCAAGACACCUUGGACGCUCUCAACGAGAUAUCGGCCCAAAGCGCCGAAGUGGCUCAGCAAAGCAAGCGCGAUUCGAGAGUCCUGAAAUGGCUUACUCUCAUCGCCACCAUGUAUCUUCCGGCAUCCCUACUGGCUACCUUGUUUAGCUCCAAUUUGAUCCAGGUGGUCCAGAACGGCACGCCGAGUGACAAAGCGACCCAUCUGAAGCUGGUGACGCAGUUUUGGGUCUACAUUCUCCUCGCAGUUGUCCUGACAGGUGCCAGCUUGCUUCCCGCCAUCCUUUUGCAACGAAAAUCUCGGGCCAGGUGA